AAUUUGAUAUCGGAUAAAAUAUGACGCCAAAAACAUAAAGUGUUGAAAGUUUUGAGCGACUAAUGAAAAGAAAACAAAACUAAGGGACAGGACUCAAUUGUCAGAAUCCCUAAUGUUCGAGGCCAUUAGCAAUCGCUCAAAUUUUUCUCAGAACCAAACCUUCUUCUUGUUCAAACUUGAUGCUUUGAGCUAAGGUCUUGUACUAAGCUUCGCACAUUCUCUUCUGUCUGAAUCACUUGCGUUGGUUUUUGCAUGUUGAAGAAUGAUGUCUGGUGAUGGUGAUGAUGAUGAUGAUGAACUUUCCUCUGGCGGCUCUGGAGACGAAGUACACGUCAUUAACGGACACAACAAGCGUAUUCCGACAGCACCUUCUGGUGGUUCUGGACCGUCUCGCAGGAGAAACCGCAAGGCUGGUGGUGUUGCCAUAGUUGAAGCCAUGCUAGAACUCGCAGCAGCUUCCAAAAUGAGAGCAGCAGCUUUGACUAAGAAGAACGGAGACAACUUACAAGAUUCCUCCACUAGUAGCAUCGAUUUAGACUUAGAACUAGAUGAGAUGGAGCUAGUUGCUGCAGCUGCUGGUUACUUAUACUACCAAAGUCUAGUAAACCAACCUCCGGGAACUUCGCCUUCUACAAGAGGUACAUAUUUAAAAGACUUGCUUCAAGGACCUGUUGAAGAUUGCAGGGAAGUGCUUCGGAUGGAUAAACGUCUGUUUCACAAACUAUCCGACACUUUUAGAGAGCAAGGACUGCUGAGAGAUACCAUCACUGUUCUGGUGGAAGAGCAGGUUGCUAUAUUCUUAAGCAUUAUAGGUCAUAAUCAGCGAAUCAGAGUUAUACAAGAGAGGUUCCACCUCUCUUGUGAAACCAUUAGCCGCCAUUUCAACAAUGUGUUGAAGGCGGUUAAGGCGGUGUCACGCGGGUUUUUUCAGCCACCGGUUUUGGAAACACAUGAAGAUAUAGUCAGUAGCAAAAGGCUUUAUCCAUAUUUCAAGGAUUGUAUUGGAGUUAUAGAUGGCUUGAAGCUUCUUGCUAACCUUCCUAUAAAAGACCAGCCUCGGUUUCAGAACAAGAAAGGGAUACUUACACAGAACGUGCUUGUAGCUUGCAACUUUGAUUUGGAGUUUAUAUUUGUAUGCCCUGGAUGGGAAGGCUCUAUCAACGAUUCACGCAUCUUAAGAGCAGUCCUGGAUGAUCCAAACCAGAACUUCCCUCAACCUCCCAAAGGAAAAUACUAUCUUGUUGACAGAAACUACACAAACACAGAAGGUUUCAUUGCUCCAUACCAAGGAGCUAGGUACGGUCCUCACGAGUACCAUGGUGCACGCCAAAUGCCGCAGAACGCUCAUGACCUUUUCAACCAUAGGCACAUGUGUCUAAGCAACGUUAUCCAAAGAUCAGUCAGCAUGUUGAAAACUCGGUUUCCAAUCCUGAAAUCAGCGCCUCCUUACCAUUUUCAAGUCCAGAGGGAUCUGGUGAUUGCGACGUGUGCUCUGCAUAAUUUCAUCAAAAGGGAAGAUGGGGCUCACGACUGGCUCUUUGCUGGUGAAGGUAAAGAUGCUGCUGCUGCAGAGGAGGAACCGCGUGGAGAAGGGGAGGAAGAAGAGCUAGAGUUGCUGCACAUGGAUUCUACUCCUAGGGAGCUUGUUGCUGAUUCUCUACGAGACUCCAUUGCAUUUACUAUGUGGGAUGACUUCAUGAACAAGUGCGAAGAAUGGUAGAUUUGUUACCUAAGUGUAAUCUUUCUGUUGCGUUUAUGUAAUAACAUGAAUAUGCUAAUGAGUUUCAUUUAUGUUUAUAUUAGUUUAACAAGAACAAAGGGCCAUUAUUGUUUUC